UGUGUUUAUACAUCAAUCUCGCCUUGUUCAGCCACACCGCAAACAUGUAAGAGUUAAACACCGACGAGACGUGGACGAAGAGGAACCUCAUCAGCGGACAGCAAGGUGCUCAAAAUGGCUCAGGAGCUAAACAACGAAGAAGGGACCACAUUGAUUACCCCGCACAAAGCGCCCAGAGAGCCAAGCAGUUCAAUGAUAUAUGCGUCUUUUAAUUUCAUCAAUUCCAUUAUAGGAUCUGGAAUAAUAGGCUUACCAUAUGCAUUGAACCAGGCUGGACUCCCCUUUGGUCUUCUGCUGUUGGUAGUUGUUGGAUUCAUUACAGACUACUCAAUCAUCUUACUAAUUAAAGGAGGAAACCUGUCUGGGACAAACAGUUAUCAGUCACUGGUGCAAAGCACAUUUGGUUUCCCUGGAUUUCUGAUUUUGUCUGGACUGCAGUUCCUUUAUCCUUUCAUUGCUAUGAUUAGCUACAACAUCACAACUGGUGACACACUGACCAAAGUAUUUCAGAGAAUACCAGGAGUUGGUCCAGAUCACAUACUUGCAGAGCGCCACUUUGUGAUCUUGCUAUCAACCCUUGCAUUCACAAUGCCUCUGUCACUUUAUCGAAACAUAGAGAAACUUGGGAAGGUGUCCUUAUUGUCAAUGGUGCUGACAGUUGCCAUCCUCAUCACUGUAAUCAUCAGAGCAGCUACCUUUGGACCCCAAAUCCCCCCUACAGAGAAUGCAUGGGCAUUUGCAAAGUGGAAUGCUAUUCAGGCAGUUGGUGUGAUGUCUUUUGCCUUUAUAUGCCACCACAACAGCUUUCUCAUCUAUGGUUCUCUGGAGCAGCCCACACUAGCGAACUGGUCUCGGGUCACCCACGCGUCCGUAGGAUCUGCGUUAAUAAUCAGUGCUGCGUUCGCCGUUGCUGGCUAUACCACCUUCACUGGCUACACACAAGGAGACAUAUUUGAGAACUACUGCAGAAAUGACAACCUGGCAACAUUUGGUCGCUGCUGCUUUGGCUUCAGCAUUAUGACCACAUUUCCACUGGAGUGUUUUGUUACACGAGAGGUGUUAUCCAAGGUCUUUUGCAGUCGGGACCUUACAAAAGUGGAACAUGUGGCAAUAACGUUUCUAAUAGUUGCAGUUUGCGCAUCAAUCUCUUUGGCCUAUGAUUGUCUGGGAGUUGUUUUGGAGCUGAAUGGUGUUUUGAGCGCCACACCUCUGAUAUUCAUCAUUCCAUCUGCGUGCAUCCUCAAACUCUCCCCCGGACGCUGGUUCCAGGGUGAAAACUUGUUACCCACCAUCUUGAUAUUGAUUGGCUUGUUUGUCAUGAUCACCGGUUUGAUCAUGACGGUCCUUUACCCUCAGGAUUGCUCACAUGGCGCGGAGAUGUUCUACUGUGCAGAUGCCAAUGUCUCUGGCACUGUACCACCUGUAUGAAAUUCAACAAAUAUUUAUUUAUAUUAAACUUUUUAUGAACAACAACUUAAGUGACAACAUGUGGACAAGCUUGUCCGCAUACAUUUAUGUAUUGUAGUCUCCUUAGUUCCAAUUAAGGGCAGUCUUAAAAGGGACAUUUUAAGGUUAAUAAUUGGGGUUUCUUCUAGAACAUGAUUACACACUUUAAUGUUGAAAACAUUCUCAUACUGUCUAUCUGAAUGUCCCUGUAUUCCACCUCUGAAAUGCUCCAUUUUAACACCUGUUUCCUAAAGAUGUGACUCAUGGCGUACAUGGCAUGUAACAGGUAGAGGAGCCAAAUCUGAAUGGCUUGUUGAAUCACAUUUUUUCUGAUCUUGUCCACAACAAUCUGACUGGGUUGUAUUAUUUCACAGUUUUUGAGGUUGCGCUCCUCAACUCCAAAUGUAUGUGCUACUGAAAAGGUGAAUUGUUCAUGAAUAGUUCCCUUAAAAGUUUCACCAUGAUGCAAUGAUA